GCAAUAGGCAUGCAGCGACAUGAAGUUGCCACUUUUCUCCUCGAACGAUGCCCGAUGCCAUGUGAUUGAUCGACUGUUAACCGUUGAAGAGCGUUUGUUGUACAAAAUGGUUAAAAUUAAGAAAAAGAACUUGUCCGAGUUCGCGCAACAAAAACGGGCUCAGAAGAGCAAAAAACAGUUAAAUCCGUUUGAAGUACAUAUUAACCGAGACAAACAGAAUGUACUGGGCCGAAGGAAUAAGAAUGAUCGUGGACUUCCAGGAGUAUCGAGGGCAAAAGCUAUUAACAAGCGUAAACAGAGUUUACUUCAAGAGUAUAAAUUAAAAAAUAAAGAUAAUGUUUUUCUGGAUAAACGUAUAGGUGAGAGAAAUUCCAACAUGAGCAUGGAGGAUAAAGCGAUGGCAAGAUUUUCCAUGGAACGUAUGAAAAUGCAUAAAAAGAGGAACAUCUUCAAUUUAAAUGACGAUGAAGUAUUGACACACAGGGGUCAGACUCUCGAGGAGAUCGAGAAGUUUGAUGAUCCCAAGAGCGACGACGAAUUCAGCGAUAAUGAAAAUAUUAGUGGCAAACUAGAUAGAAAUUUUGUAGAGGAAGCUCAUUUUGGUGGAGGAAUUCUAUCGAAAGCAGGCUCUACAUUAUCCAGAAAAGAUCUAAUUGAUCAGCUCAUUGCGGAAUCAAAGAAACGUAAGGCGGAGAAACAGAAGAUACGCGAACAAACAAUAGAUCUGACAGAGAAACUUGAUUCCGAAUGGAGAGAUCUCCUGCCUAUUAUAUCUGCUUCCAAGAAGUCGGCGAAAGAUGAUUGUGAGCCAGUAAAAGCUGAUACUUAUGAUACUGCUGUACGACAAUUAAUAUUUGAAGCUAGAGGUAAUCCAUCUGAUAAAUUAAAAUCGGAAGAAGAAAUUAUUCAAGAAGAGAAAAAAAGAUUGGAAGAGCUUGAAGCUGACAGAUUGGCGAGAAUGAAAGGAUUUGUAUCUGAUACUAGUAAUCAAUAUAAGCAUAAAUCUGCUGAUGAUCUUGAUGAUGGUUUCAUGAUGGAAGCUGUUGUUGAUGAUACUGAUGACAUUAAUUCAGUUGCCAAUGAUGCUAAUGAUAUCAGUAAUGAAGAAGAUAGUAAUAUUGAUAACAAUGAAAUUAAUGACAAUGAUAUUAGUGAUGAACAGAAGAGAAAUAAAUCAGAAAGCAUUGCUGAAAAAGAUAAAAAAAAGACAAAAAAGGAUAAUAGUGAAAAUCGGGAAAGAACAUGUUCAGAAUCAUCUAAUGGUAAAAAUGAAUCUGAGAUAGAUUUGAAUAACAAAGAUUCAGAAAUUGAAGAAUUGGAUGGUGAAGAGUCUGAAGACAGUUUUUUAGAUUUAAAAGUAUCUGACACUAAUGAAGAUGAAGAAAAUAAAACUGUUGUAAAACAUGUUAAAUUUGCUAAUAACUUGACCAAUGGUCAGAUUACACAGACAAAUCAAUUGGAUCAAAUCCGUCCCAAAUCGAUAUUGAAACAGAACAAUAGCAAUACAUCUGUACAGGAUUCAUCUGAUAAAGAUAAAAAACAGGAGAUAAGAAAUGAUCUUUUGAGACGAAAAGAAAUCAUGGAGAAGGCACGAAAAGAGUUGCCUUACACAUAUAAUGCACCAGAUAGUUUUGAGGAAUUACAAAAAUUGUUAGAAAAUCAUAACGCAGAUUAUCAAUCAGUCAUCAUAGAGCGUAUUAUAAAAUGUAAUCAUUGGACAUUAAAUGGCAAAAACAAAGAAAAACUGUCCAAUCUAUUUGUAUAUUUGCUACAACAUAUAAAUAAUUGCGCUUCCACUGAGAAUGCUGAUGAUCUAGUUAAAUGUUUUCAAAUCUGUGACAGGUUGUGUCCUUAUCUUUACGAUCUAGCUUAUUUAAAUCCAACAAAUACCAAAAAUUAUGUAGAAGAAAUACUUAAAGAGAAAUAUGAUAAAUUUGCAAAAAAUAGAAAGAGAUAUCCUGGCAUGGAUACGCUUAUAUUGUUUAAAAUAGUAUCUUUACUAUUUCCAACGUCGGACUUCAGACAUCCUAUUGUCACUCCUUGCUUAGUAUUUAUGUCAGAAAUAUUACUGAAAGCUCAUAUCAAGAAAUAUCGAAGUGAUAUUUCAAAAGGUCUUUUUAUAUGUACGCUUAUUUUAGAGUAUACAAUAUUAAGCAGACGAUUUGCACCUUCUGUGAUAAAUUUUUUACGAGGAAUUAUAUACACAGCAACAGAGUCGACACAAAAAGUGAAAAUUAUACCACCAUUUAGAACGACAUGUAAAGUCCUAGUGAUCGAUAAAACUGAAAUCACAAUUGAUCCAAAUGGCGCAAAUAUGUUUGCAAAUGAUUUAGUCUGUGAGGAAUUAGAUGAUGAAUUCAGAAUAAAAGCUUUAUUGACUGCAAUAAAUCUGGUUACAGAAUUCAAAAAUCAAUUUCAAGAACUAGAAGCGGUAUAUUCAAUUUUUGAACCUAUUCAUACAUUAUUAAAAAUAAAUAAAUUCAAGAACUAUCCGCGAAACAUAAGAAGUCACAUAAAACAAUUAAGGAAGGAUCUCAAACUUUUACAAAGCAAAAAAUUGGAGUAUAUUGUACUUGAGAAGAAAAGGCCAAAACCUCUAAGGACAUACGAGCCUAAAAUAAUGACAGUAUAUGAUGGAAAGCACCAUAGACCGAUGUCGAAAGAAAAAGCGGAAAGAGAAAAAUUGCUACACAAGUGCAAAAGAGAGUUCAAGGGCGCUAUUCGCGAGAUAAGAAGGGAUCGAGACUUUUUAGCUAAAGUACAGAUCGCGCAACAGAUUAAGAGCGAUGCUGAACGCAAACGCAAAGUAACCGAAAUUUUCGGCGAUGCUGCGGUACAGCAGAAUGAAUUAAAAAAGAUGAGAAAGAAAAAAUAGGAGAAAGUAUGAAAAUAUGAUGAAAGAUUUUAUAUGCACAUUUUUUAAUGUGUAUAUAUAGGAAAGAAAAAAAGAAUUACUGUAUUGAGAGACGUAAUGCAAUAAAUAUUAUGUACAUAAACAA